AUGACGCCCAAGACGGACGCGGAUGUCUUGCCCGUCAAAAGCGACAGCGAAGCUCCUGACAUUGACGUCGGUCAAGUGAAGCUGAUGGACGACAGGGAUGUUGAUCCAGCUUUGAAACUCACUGGCGGCGUCAUGAUCGAGUUUACACCGGAGGAAGAAUGCCAAACCCUGCGAAAGAUCGACAUGAAUAUGCUGCCUCUCAUGUGCUGGGUGUACAUGAUUCAAUUUGCUGAUAAAACGACGCUCAAUUAUGCUUCUCUCAUGGGUAUUCGGGAAGACACCAACCUCAAGGGAAAUGAGUUCUCCUGGAUCUCGAGUAUUUUCUAUGCAGGCUAUCUUGCUUGGGAGUUCCCCACGACGUACCUCUUUCGCCGCCUUCCCGUGGGCAAAUAUGUAUCAGCCAACAUCUUGGCUUGGGGCGUCGCCUUGACAUGCCAUGCCGCUACGCAUAAUUACGCUGGCUUACUGGCCACGCGAUUCUUUCUCGGAGCAUUCGAAGCAACAGUCACGCCCGCCUUCGUUUUGAUCACGUCAAUGUGGUACAAGCAGGGAGAACAAGCCCGACGAGUGGGAUACUGGCUGUCAUGCAACGGGUUCUCCCUGAUCAUCAUGGCUUUGAUAGGCUAUGGACUAUCGGCCGUUGAAGAAUCGUCAAUCCCGCCGUGGAAGAUUCUGUUCCUCGUACUUGGUCUGAUCACGGUUCUGACUGGAGCGUUCAACCUCUGGUAUUUACCCGAUAAUCAGGCAAACGCCAAGUUUUUAGACGAUCGGCAGCGUCUGAUUGCAGUUGAAAGAAUUCGAGACAACUUUCAAGGCAUCGGCAAUCGAUUUUCAUUCCUGAUGAACAUACCCAAUGGAGGCAUUACAACUUUUGGUUCAAUCAUUGUUAAUUCCUUCGGCUUUAACGCUCGACUCUCACUCCUCUUGGGCGCUCCAUCUGGACUCUUCGAUAUUGGCGGAAAGCUCUUGUUCACUUGGCUUUCCGACAAGUAUAUGGAUCAAACGCUAUUUGCACUCGUCGCGAUUAUGUUUCCUCUCAUCGGUGGUAUCAUGAUGAUCGCAAUCCCAUUGUCCUCAAAGGGAGCACUUCUCUUGGGCUAUUGGAUGAUUAGCGUUUCUGGGUCGUCCUGGGGGUUGGUCAUGGUCGCUAUCUCGAACAACACUCUAGGAUACACCAAGAAGGUCACUGUCAAUAGUCUGCAAAUCAUUGCAUAUGCAGCUGGUAAUUGGAUUGGUCCACAGACCUUCCGGGCGGACGACGCUCCCCUCUACAAGCGAGGAAAGAUGAUGGUGGCCAUUAUGUAUGGCUGUGCAGCGUUGGUGCUGUUGAUUCUCCGUUUCGUAAAUAUUCAGGAGAACAAACGAAGGGAACGUUUGGCGGCAGCAUCAGGAGUCGAAUUGUCUGAGGAGACAGCUGCGCUGGAGCUUGAGCGGUCCAAGUUCAUGGACUUGACAGACUUCAAAUUGGCUCGCUUUCGCUACGUUCUUUGA